UCCCUGUAACAGAACAAACCCUUGAGCUAGUAAAUCGCUCAUUGAUACUUGAAGUCAAGUAUUUUUAUAAAUAAAUUCAAAUCUGGCAGGAGCACUAUUUGCGAUACCGGUCAGUUACAAGACUGAACGCAUCGUUUGUUAACAAAUUGAUUGGCGAAUUAUAUCAUAAUAAUAUAAAUCAAAAUAAAUUAUUUGAGUGAAAUAUGGGGCCAGAAAAUAUCAUGUUAGCCUCUGUGGAAUUUGAAGUAUUUGGUGAAGUCCAAGGUUGUUUUUUCACCAAGUACUGCAAAGAGAUGGCUGAGCGUUUGGGUAUUGGGGGUUGGGUGAAAAAUACGAGAAAGGGCACAAUCGUUGGAAGGAUACAAGGGACCAAGGAGAACUUGGAUAAAAUGAUCGAGUGGCUCAGUACAAAAGGCUCUCCGGAAAGCAAAAUAGAAAAAUGUGUGCUUUCUAACUUCGAAAACGUGGCACGUCUGGCAUUUAACAAUUUUAGUAUACGUUUUUAAAACAUUUUUAUUUUAUUUUACCACUGCAAGGGCCCGCUACAGAACCCGCUAAAGCUGUGUUUCUGUCCAAAUCUCUCAAAGAGUCGUCGAAUCAAAAGAAAAAGUGAUUGUGGUUUGCCCAUAGACCUUUAAAAUUUAAAUAUCCGUAGCUCAAUACAAUCAAUUUGUAUUAAAUACAAUAUUUUAUUUACUUUUA